AACAGCUGGUCAAACACGCAUGGCAUGGCAUUCUCACCCUUAUCCACCAAACCCACCGGCACGCCCCUCUUCCCUUUCCUUCUUACUCUUCCCUUCCUUUUUUUCAGUUUAAUUCUUCUCCUGGUUCCACAGGGUACCACCUCUUCCAAGAUCACAACUGGUAAGAUAGUUGAGACUUGCUUUAUUUAGGAUGAUGAAUCUUAGGAGAUCUAAAGCCAGCAGUGUUGAGAAAUCCCUGUCUCAUCAGGAGCAACAAGUAAAGAUAGAUGAAGUGCGCAGACGAUUAGGUCCGCUGGCAAAUCGGUUUCCGAGUUUCUGUUCGGAUGCUUCGGUGUUGAGGUAUCUCCAUGCCAGAAACUGGGAUGUCGAAAAGUCGAGCAAAUUGCUGAAAGAAACUCUCAAGUGGAGGCUUGAAUACAAGCCAGAGGCAAUUAGAUGGGAAGAUAUUGCUCAAGAAGCUGAGACUGGAAAGAUAUACAGAGCCAAUUACCUUGACAAGUAUGGAAGAACUGUUCUUGUUAUGAGACCUGGGUUUCAGAACACUAGCUCGAGCAAAGGGCAGAUCAGAUACCUGGUAUACUGCAUGGAGAAUGCCAUCUUAAAUUUGUCAGCUGAUCAAGAACAGAUGGUCUGGCUUAUCGAUUUCCACGGCUGGACCAUGGCAAGCGUAUCGGUAAAGGUGACCCGUGAAACAGCUCAUGUGUUGCAGGACUACUACCCGGAAAGACUUGCUCUAGGAAUCCUCUAUAAUCCCCCAAAGAUCUUUGAAUCCUUUUGGAAGAUAGUGAAGCCCUUUCUGGACCAGAAAACAUACAAGAAGGUAAAAUUUGUUUACUCUGACGACCCGAAUAGCCAGAAGAUCAUGAUGGAGCUAUUCGACUUUGAUAAGCUAGAAACUUCAUUCGGCGGUCAUAAUCAAGUUGAAUUCAAUUUCAACAAGUAUGCUGAACUAAUGAAAGAGGACGACAAGAAGUAUGUUUCCGUUGCUCCGAUGCUCAAAUCAUCCACUCCCGAAGCCUUAUCACCACCCGCAUUGAAUUCAACUUCCUCAAGUGAUAGCAAAUCCUCAAAGCCUGUUCACGAAGUGUGAUCAAACGAAAAUGAGAAGAAUGAGGUAGUUCAUUAGCUAAAGUGUAACAGAUUCGAGAUGAUUCAAAUGAGAAAAUCUGCAUUACUGAUUCGAAUGAAAGUUCAGCUGUUAUUAUUCAUAGAGCAGGUAAUGAACAUUGAUUCGACUGAAAGAGUUGAACUGUAUCAGGACCAGAAUUUGGCAUCAAAUUGAGUUGUCAAAUGGAUGGUCAAGUUUAGGGUUUAUAUUUUCUUCAGAAACUUUAGGUGUUAGAAUUUGGCAUCAAAUUGAGAAACAAAGAACCCUUAUCUUUCUUGUUUGUGGAAUUCAUUUCUGAUGGAAAGAACACUUGCUUAAUGUAUCGGAUAAAAGCCAAAGUUUUAAUCUUUUUGUUGCAGUUUUGUUGUUCUUCUUC